GCUUGGGGAACAAAGGUUGUACAAGCUUUUGUCAUUCAUCGUUUCUCAAGGUACAGCUGUUGUUGGGGGAGAAUGAUGCAAGUGGUAGCAUCUACGAUGACCUAUGAGCUAACUGUCAAAUCCCAGUGAGCGACCCUGUCUGAUCGGUGAAUGAAUUCAGGAGUUUUUUUCUUUUUUUUUCUUCUUCCGUCCGACGAGGUGCAAGACAUCUUCCUCCUCCUCCUCCUCGUCUGUGAAUGACCGACCUGCUCUCGGCGGAUCGCUCAAUCUUGGUUGCGAAUCAUAGUUUAUGAUUCAACACAAACUUGUACUCUAGCAGCGCGUAGCUUCCGAAUGCCAUACUCUCGGAGCUGUCGUUGACGCACACGUGAACUUGGCAAAUGACGACCAGGGUCCUACAAGGGGCUGUGAUGUCGGGAGAAAGCACAUUUGCGGUUAUAUUCCAAGGUGACCACGGGGUCUUCCCAGCCUGUAACCGCAAAAUGUGCUUUUCUGCCCAGAGCGAAUGGCGUGCCUCCACCCUUCGCUGCCUCCAUGCCCUCGAAGGAAUUAACCAACCGCAUGUAUCAAACGUGUCGCGUAGCAUCGAGUAGUAAAAUGCAGACAGAGGGAGAUUCGCAUGUGAAGCAAGAGGCUGCUCUCCUCUCCUCUCCAGGUAAACUCUGAGGCCGUUUGUAUGAUGUGGCAAGUGGUCAAUUAAAGCCCCGAAUUGUGGCUUUUCGAGGGCCUUUCUUAUUAUGGACAUGUGGUAGUUUUCUCCCUUCAAAUAUUCCUGCUCGCUGCUUCUCCCGCUUCUAACCGACCAUCGCUCAAUCAGGACAAACAACUUUGAUCUGAAAAUCCACUCCUACUGCUGUAGGAAAACUUUUGCGAGUUUUCAUAUUCCCUUCGCCUUCGUACACAGUCCGUACCCCCUCCCUCCCUCUCCCCUUCAUUAACUGCAACCUUUUUCCAGUUCUCGAGGCCGAGCCCAACACUCUCCUUUUCUCCAUCAGGCCAUCCAUCCAUCCAUCAGGGGUCCCAUGUCGGUCUCUGGCCGCAUUACUAAUUACGCUCUCGCUCUCUCGCUCGUUUCUGCCGUAUGUGCUGCUGCCUCUUCCUCCUCGCACCCAUCUUCAUCCUUUACCGUUACAUUGGAGACCCCACCUCACCCCAAUCUCCUUCUAUCCCCACUGUCUAGUCUAUACUCGCCAACCGCCUGCUCACCAUUGAUUUAUUUAUCCUCCGUAUUGCAGCCCCAAACUCCUCCCUCCCUCGCCUUGACUUGUGCCUCGUCAAUGUCUCUUCUCUCAUGUACAGUUACCAGUAGCCAGACCAGGUCUGUCUGUCUGCCCACCAGGUAUGGGCCGUACUGACGUGCCUGGCCCGAAGGUGCGUAGAGCACAACCAAAAGUCUUCGUGUAUUCGAGAUCUCGGAUCAUUCCUCUGCAUGGUCGAGUGAAGAUAUAAGUAAGUACUCGAGUAACGGAUUUUUCAGUAUGCGUAUUGAUUGGGGUGGAAUGAUUUUGUAGUGAAUGAGAACAACUGGAAGAAUCAAUGGUAUGAUGUCUUCAGACUGUAUACCGGAUUCGAUACUUGAUGCAGUUU